AUCCGAUCAGCAUUCGGCGAGCCGAUCCCACCGCAAAGAAAGAAGACACAAGGAGGCACUCACUGCAGGACAUUUCCAGUCGAAAAGUCCCCACUCACCCCUCCUUCCUUGCUUUUUUUUUUUUUAACUCCUGCACCGUAGCUCACCUCACCUCUCGUCCGUCUUUUUUACCCACCAUCCCACCAAGGAACCCACGGCUACAGUCGAACCGCAGACACACGUUUCAGGACAAGGAAAGACUUUAAGAUAAACAAAUGGGGAGACGUUCGAGUAAUAAACGGGACACGGACGGGUGGAGGAACAGCGGAUCGUUCCUGCACAGGUGCACAAGCUCUGGUGAUAUGGUCCAUUCCAGCAUAGUCAUCACCCUUCUCCUUGGUGUAUGGUGUGCACAGGCGUUGGAAAUAUCGGUGGGCAAAGUUCACUCUAUUGAGGUGAUGAACGGUAGCUCUGUACUCUUACCUUGCACUUACAGUAGCUGUAUCGGCAUCAAGAACUUAUACUUCAACUGGCAUUACAAUGACAAUGGCACAAUGAUUAAGAUCUGUGAAGGCACAAUUCCGGCGGAGGGUUUCGAACCCCAUGUGGCGAUCUAUCAUGACCGUUUUUCAUUCAUUGGGUCCAGUAAGAACAACAACAUUUCUGUCCUACUAUGGAACGUCACUUUUGAAGAUGAGGGCGAGUACACCUGCUUUGGCCGCAACCCUAAGGAGAAGAACCGAAACCACAGCGCUGUGUUUAGCAUCAUCGUUGUGGAUCAGUUAAAAGUAGUGGAUAAAACACUGACACUCCUCAUUGUCUCCGUGCUUGGUGGGCUCAUCGGUUUAAUCAUUAUCGUCAUGGUAAUAAAGGCGGUGGUCCUCCAUGUCAUGAACAAAUCCCAGGACAAGAAUAAAGAGUGCCUUGUAAGCAAUUCAGGGAACGACAACACAGAAAAUGGCCUUUCGGGAUCCAAAGCGGACAACAAAGCAUCACCAAAGGCGCAGAAAUAAGCAUGCAGAAAUGUGCACUUGUACAGACGUACGCGUAAUUAACGAGUUUAAAAAGCUAUAAAAAAGCUAUGGCUUGUUUUGUAUUCAUCUUAUAAUAAUAUAGAAGCAGAAUGUGAAAAUUAUAUUAGUAUACAGUAUAUUUUAGAUUGCUUGAGAUUUAAGCUGUAUGGGCUGGAUGUUACUUUUGGAUGGAAUAGAUGGAAAAUGGAGAGAAGUGUCAUUAUUUAAAAACGCAAAUUACGUACACUGCCGUCGACAACCAACUGCCAUGUGUGUUAACAUAAACAGCACAAAAACGGUCAUUUUUAGAUGAAAACGCUGCAAUUACAUUCCACUUUCCUAAGCUGAAAUAGCUCCUCAGAUAUAGAAUACAACCAGAAUUUA